UCUCUCCUGAAGAUGUUUCCACAAUCAGGGAAGUCGAUUGUCUUUGACAACUUUCCAGAUCCUACUGACGCCUGGGACAUCAUCGAGACCAUUGGGAAAGGGACCUACGGAAAAGUGUACAAGGUUCUCAACAAACUUGAUGGAAGUAAAGCGGCUGUAAAGAUACUGGAUCCCAUCCAUGAUAUUGAUGAGGAGAUCGAAGCAGAGUACAGCAUCCUCAAAGCUCUUUCUGACCACACCAAUGUUGUCAAAUUCUUCGGGAUGUACUACAAGAAGGAUGUGAAAUGUGGAGACCAGUUGUGGCUCGUACUGGAGCUUUGCAAUGGUGGCUCUGUGACAGAUCUGGCUAAAGGCAUGCUGAAGAGAGGAGACAGAAUGGACGAAGCUAUUAUUGCCUACAUCUUGCACGAGGCCCUCAUGGGCCUCCAGCAUCUGCACGUCAACAAGACCAUCCACCGUGACGUCAAAGGCAAUAACAUCUUGUUGACGACGUAUGGAGGCGUCAAACUCGUGGAUUUUGGUGUUUCAGCCCAGCUGACAAAUACCCGUCUGAGGAGGAACACCUCUGUGGGAACUCCUUUCUGGAUGGCUCCUGAGGUAAUAGCAUGUGAGCAGCAGCUGGACUCUACCUACGAUGCUCGUUGUGAUGUCUGGUCACUCGGCAUCACCGCCAUAGAGCUGGGAGAUGGAGACCCGCCCCUCUCUGAACUCCACCCGAUGAGAGCCCUUUUCAAAAUACCCAGAAAUCCUCCGCCUACUCUCCACCAGCCGGAGCUCUGGUCAGACGACUUUAAUAACUUCAUCUGCAAAUGUCUGAUUAAAGACUUUGAGCUGAGACCAAAUGUGCUCGACCUGCUCCGGCAUGUGUUCAUCAAACAGACUGUUGGAAAAGUGAAAAUACUGCAGAAGCAAUUGAUUGAACUCAUUGACCUCAACCAACAAAUAGGAGUCAUUGAUAAAACAAGUUCUAGGCAUGAACGCAUCCACACUAAAAGAGGAGGCCACAUGAAGACACAGACUGACCCAGACGAGGUGGACGACCUCGCCACCCUAGAAGUUCUGGACGAGAACACGGUCACAGAGCAGCUUCAGAGUCGCUAUGGGCGAGAUCAGAUUUACACAUACGUGGGAGACAUCCUUAUCGCAGUCAAUCCUUUCCAUAAAAUGGAGAUAUACUCUCCUCAGUACACCAAGAUGUACAUAGGAACUAAGCGUACAGCUAACCCACCACACAUCUUCGCUGUGGCCGAUAUUGCCUACCAGUCCAUGGUGUCAUACAAUGCAGACCAGUGUGUUGUGAUCAGUGGGGAAAGUGGAGCUGGGAAAACAGAAAGUGCUCAUCUGUUGGUGCAGCAGCUGACAGUUCUUGGAAAGGCCAAUAAUCGGACGCUUCAGGAAAAGAUCCUGCUGGUCAACAGCCUGGUGGAAGCGUUUGGAAACGCUUGCACCGUCAUCAAUGACAACUCGAGUCGCUUCGGAAAGUACCUGGAGAUGAAAUUCACCUGCGGAGGAACAGUGGUCGGAGCGCAGAUAUCCGAGUACCUGCUGGAGAAAUCUAGAGUCAUCCACCAGGCAGUAGGGGAGAGGAACUUCCACAUCUUCUACUACAUUUAUGCUGGCCUGGCUGACAGGAAGAAACUAGCCCACUACAGGCUCUCCGACAGCAAAACACCUAAGUAUCUGUGUAACGACCAUAUUAGAUUAGGGCCUGACAUAGUGAGCAACACCUUCUACAAGGAGCAGUUUGAUGCAGUGGAGCAGUGUUUCAAAGUCAUUGGGUUCAGCCUGGAGGAGCUGGGCAGCGUUUACAGCACUCUGGCUGCCAUCCUCAACUCCGGCGAUAUCGAGUUUACCCCGGUUGCCUCGGAGCAUCAAACAGACAAGAGCAACAUCUCCAACAUUUCUGUCCUGGAGAACGUGGCAUCACUGCUGUGUAUUCGCUCAGACGAGUUCCAGGAAGCCCUGACCUCCCACUGUGUUGUGGCCCGGGGAGAGACCAUCGUCAGGCCCAACACUGUGGAAAAGGCGGCUGAGGUGAGGGACGCCAUGGGCAAGGCUCUCUACGGCCGCCUCUUCAGCUGGAUUGUCAACCGCAUCAACGCGCUCCUGCGGCCUGACAGCCACCUAGGAGAGGAUGACAAGGGCUUGAACAUCGGCAUCCUGGACAUCUUCGGUUUUGAGAACUUCAAGAAGAACUCAUUUGAGCAGCUCUGCAUCAACAUCGCCAACGAGCAGAUCCAGUUUUACUUCAACCAGCACAUAUUUGCUUGGGAGCAGGAUGAGUACCUGAAUGAGGAGGUGGAUGCUCGGAUGAUUGAGUAUGAGGACAACCGGCCCCUCCUGGACCUGUUCUUGCAGAAGCCCAUGGGGAUGCUGUCACUUCUGGAUGAGGAGAGUCGCUUCCCACAGGCCACCGACCAGACCCUCGUAGAGAAAUUUGAAAAUAACCUGAAGACCAAAAGCUUCUGGAGACCAAAGAGGGUGGACCUUGGCUUUGGUAUUCACCACUAUGCUGGAAAGGUGAUUUACAACGCUGCAGGCUUCUUGGCCAAGAACAGGGAUAUGCUACCAGCUGACAUCAUCCUGCUGCUGAGGUCGUCAGAAAACGAGCUUACUCGCAAACUCGUCACCCACCCCCUCACUAAAACAGGCAACCUUGCCCACACCAAGGGUAAAGGCAUAAACACAAUGUGCAGGCCGCGGACCCCGUCACGCACCAUCACCUUCGCCAAGCCGGGUGAACCUGCAGACACGCCUUACCACCCGAGAGAAACCACCAACAUGAGAACACAGACAGUGGCCUCCUACUUCAGAUACUCUCUGAUGGACCUGCUGUCCAAGAUGGUGUCAGGGCAGCCUCAUUUUGUUCGCUGCAUCAAACCAAACAACGAUCGCCAAGCCAAUAAGUUUGACCGGGAGAAGGUCCUGGUUCAGCUGCGAUACACUGGAGUUCUGGAGACCGCCAAGAUCAGACGGCAGGGCUACUCGCACCGCAUCCUGUUUGCUAACUUCAUAAAGAGGUACUACAUCUUGGCAUUCCAUGCUCACGAGGAGCCGGCUGUGACUCAGGAAACAUGCGCUACAAUACUAGAGAAGGCUAAGCUGGAGAACUGGGCCAUGGGGAAGACUAAGGUUUUCCUCAAGUACUACCACGUAGAACAUCUGAACCUGAUGAUGCAGCAGUCCACCCAGCGGAUCAUUCUGCUCCAGGCUUACGUCCGAGGCUGGCUGGGAGCCAAACGAUACCGGCGGAUAUUAAAAGAGCGAGAACAGAGUGCUCUGGUGCUGCAGUCAGCUUACAGAGGUCAUAAAGUUCGGAAGAAGGCGGCUAAUGACAAAAGCAAAGCGAAGUUUGACGACUUCAUAGUCCAGUUUCAGGCUGUUUGCAGGGGCUAUCUUGCAAAAAGAAAAUACAAGGAGUUGGUAGACGAGAAGAACAAAGCUGCAACCAAGAUUCAGGCUCGCUACAGAGGGCACAAGGAAAGGAAAAGCUUUAAAAGAAAACGGGAAGAGAAAGCAGAGAAGGUCCUUAAAGAACAAGAGGAAGAAGCAGAGAAGAUCGCCAGUGAAGAAAACGCCCCUGCUCCCGUCGACGAAGCGAUUAACGAGGAAGAUGAAACUAAGGCUGCCGUGGUUCUCCAGAGCAACUUCAGGGGCUACAAAGAGAGGAAAAAGUUUAAGGAGAGAAAAAAGACGAUGGCUGGGGCCGAAUUAGAGUUACCACCAAAUGAAGCGGUUGAACAAGAAGGUGGGCAAGAGCCUCCCAGCAAAGAAGAGGAAGGAGGGAAGACAGCUGAUAAACAAGAGGAGAAUGACGACGAGGAAGAAAGUACGUAUGAAGCGGAGGAGAAUUAUGACAGCGAUCACACACAGGUGGCGGAAGAUGACGAACAUGCGGAGCUGGCAGAAGAAGCAGUGAUUGAGGACGCGCAGGCAGCAGAUGCUGGGAGAGAAGAGCAGCAGGAGGACAACAAGGAGGAGAAUGGACAAGAAAAUGCUGCGGAGGAAGAGGCCGUUAGCGUAGAAGAAGAAACCAAGGCUGCCACUGUCCUCCAGAGUAAUUUCAGAGGUCACAAAGAGAGGAAGAGGUUGCAGGACGAAGGCAAAAUCCCAGCUAAAAAACAGAAAGCAAAAAGUCCUACUGGUGAAGAAGAAGUGCCCACAGCGAGCAGCGCUACAGGCGAGGAAGAGUUAGCGGAAGUUCCAACCCCAGCAGAGGAAGUCCGCAACGAGGCGACAGAAAAAGAAAAAUCCUCGGAGCCUCAAGAUGCAGCAGAUGUUUCUUCAAGUGAUGGCAAGUCAGAAGACCAGGACGAGGCCAAAGCGGCGGUGGUGCUUCAGAGUAACUUCCGCGGCCACAAGGAGCGCAAACGGCUCGAAGAGGAAGGAAAGAUACCAAAGAAGAAGAAGAAGGAAAGAGAAGUGACACCAGAACCUCCUGAAGAAGAAAGGGAAAUGCCAACAGAAGAAUCAUUGCCAGAAUCCCAGCCGGAUGCUUCUGCGGAGAACUUAGAGGGACUGGACGAGGAAAAAGCUGCUACUGUCCUUCAGAGUAACUUCCGAGGCCAUCGGGACAGAAAGAAGAUGAAAGCAGAGAGAGAAACACAAAAGAAAACAGAGGAAGAAGCUGCCAAUGAUGCAAUAGAGGAGGCCCUGGAUGUUAGUGAUGUGAUUAUAGAACGUAAAGAGGAGACAGAUGCUGAAAGAGAGAGACUGGAGGAAGAGCAUGCUGCAGUGAAGAUCCAGAGCAACUUCAGAGGGUACAAGGACAGGAAGAACCUCAAGGCCAACAAGCAAACAGCACAGACUGAAGCUCUGCAGCUAGAGAGCUUCUCCAAAGAGAUCGCGAAGACUUCUCAGGACUUCGUGGCCCUGCAGCAGAAAUUGACCGAGAUCAUCCAGGCCCAUCAAUCAAACCCCGAGAACAAUGGCAUGUUUGUGAGAGGGAAAGCGACCAACGGCUAUGCUCCUCAGAAUCCCCAAAUAACCGACAAGAAACAGUCGCGGACCCCCCGCAGGACCCAGCAGCCAAAGACCCUCAACACACCAGAGGACUCCACCUAUUACAACUUGAUUCAUCGGUCCGUCCAGGAUGAUAAACGCAAGCCCAGGAAAGAGGAUCCAGGGAAGCUGCUGGAUGUAGAUGACCACUACUACCGGCAACUGUCCAGCAGCAGCUCUGAACCCUGCAUCUCCACAGAGGACACGCCCCCCUGCAGCAUGCCUGAGAGGAGGCGGUCUACGGAGAGGAGAGGGUCCAUGAAGACACCAGCUGCGGCCAGUAGACAGAACAGAGAGAGGGCCGUCACUGAUCCGCAGCCUGCCAAACCUGUCGGUGACAACAGGCGCUCCGUUUCCAGAAUGUCCUCCGCAGAGAGUCGGACUGAGGACAACCCGUAUGACUUCAGACAUCUACUGAGGAAGACCUCGCAGAGACGAAAGCUCAUCAAACAUUACUGAACUCAGGGCUGAACUUUGUACGCCAUUUGGCACAUAAUAUGUCAAAAUCGGAAGCAUUAAACUCACAAUAUGUCAGGAUAUAUGAGUAUUUGGUUCGUUAUGGAAAUGAUUAUAACUCACCACCAGUCUAAGCAAUCAAAAUGCAACAUAGACUGGAUGAAGGUAAAUGUAAAUAAUAAUGUGCUAAACACUUAAAACUGUAAAUGAAGGUUUUAUUUAUGUCAUUUGUAAACUAGACAUUGUUAUUUUUCGCUCAUUUUAGCUGUGUCACUUUCCUUUCUGGUCGGUCAAAUGUUGUGUUUGAGGUUGUCCGUAUCCAUUUAAACAUCAAAAAGAAUUGUACGAAAUAUCCACAGAACAUGUAAAUACAAAAGCCAUGCUCUUACACCUGAAUAUUUGAUAUCUCAGUUCAUUUUGAAGAGCGUAUCUUUGGAAAAAAAGGUGCUUCAAUGUUGUCACGUUGUAAGAAAUGUAUAUUCUUUCCUCUGCUAUAAUCUCAGUUUUGUUCAUUUAAAUGUGAAAUAUAUCUAAUUUCUUGUGAUGUUUACUUUAUCACAUCUAUAACACACUUGCCUUCAUGUAAAACGAGGUAAUUUAGGGGUGAUAGUAAGCUGUACAUGCUCGUUAACUCCACACUUAUACACAUUAUCCCUCACAUUAUCGCCACCAUGCACACUUACACUCCAUUUCAACUGGAAACACUUAAUUCUUGCAGAUCUUUGGUGAUAACACAUAUCUUCAUGUAGUCUAUUCCAUAUUGGCUCGAGCAUUUCUUUGAGAUUCAACAUCUGACCUUUUAUGUGACAUUUUAAAGGAGAAAAACCCCAGAGGGAGUGUUAGUGAAUCCCCAUCUGCAUGCUGACUGAAUGCACUGGCACAAAAAUAAUCACAUGCAGCCACACGUUUAAAAAAUCCAGACAAAAAGCAAAGAAGGAAGAACAGAGAUAUACUCCAGCUCUACGGGUAAAGACAACAUAAAGGUGGAUGGAUAGAUCAUGUAGAAAUGUAGAUAUUAAAGUCGUACAGUUAUCAGAAGGAAAUAGCUAUGGCCUGAAUGGAAAUCCACAGACUUACUGUGAUUCCAUACACAAAUAUUACAGUUUGAUCAUGGCUUUGCCAAAGGGUUCGGUUUAUUUUAAUGGGUCCUUUGUGGCAUUAAAGGAUUGUUGGCUAUUGCAUUCAUAAUCAUAACAGAUGUGGCUCAGGCUAGCUUUGAUGCCCCGAGGGUCCGUUUGCCCCCAUCGUGUUUAAAUGAUAAUAAAACAGCACAUGAGUGUUGGAUUGUAAAUGAUAACGGAUAAUGUGUGGAAUUAGGCUCUGAUGCAUUUUCAUUGUUAUUAUUAUUUAUUAUUAUUUAUUUAUUUAUUUACCCCCAACCUAUCCCAAAUCUUCAAAUCAGUGCCCAUUCAUUUUUUUUAAUAAAAAAAAAAU